UGGCCGUGGGCUGAGGAAGUCGAUGACUCCGAUGGUUCCUGACUGAGAGUGGAGACUCUGACGGGGAGAAAUGGCGAGAAUGGUUAACAAGAACGGCUGCGUAGAGGAAAAUCAGAGCCCGGACCCGCAAGGACCGGGUCGAGGGGUGGCUAGAUGGGGUCCACAACACGCCGGGGCUAGGGAACUGGCCACUCUGUACUCGCCAGGUAAAAGAUGCCAAGAAUGGAUUAGUGUCGUCUUCUGCUUCUCUCUCAUGGCCUUCAAUUUCAUUCACCUCCUUGCCAAUUUCAACGUUGGGCAUUUGUGGCACAUCCCAUUGGGCACUGUUGCAGGAAUACUCACAGCAGACUUUGCAUCAGGACUUGUUCACUGGGCCGCUGAUACUUGGGGAUCAGUGGAUCUACCCAUCUUUGGAAAGGCCUUCAUACGACCAUUCAGAGAGCACCAUAUCGACCCCACAGCCAUUACCCGCCACGACUUCAUCGAGACCAACGGGGACAAUUGCAUGCUGACCAUCGUCCCUCUGGCAAACAUGGCCUUCAACUUCCUCACCCUCAGCCCUGCGGAGAUUUACCACGUCUACCCAUGGUACUGCUUCUUGUUUGCACUCGCCAUCUUUGUGACGCUCACCAACCAGAUCCACAAGUGGUCGCACACGUAUUUCGGCCUUCCUGGUUGGGUUGUGUUGCUGCAGGACUGCCACGUCAUCCUUCCUCGCAAGCACCAUCGCAUCCACCAUGUCUCCCCCCAUGAGACAUACUUCUGCAUCACUACAGGUUGGUUGAACUACCCACUGGAGAAGCUGGGCUUCUGGAGGAACCUGGAGGAUCUCAUCCAGGGUGUGACGGGAGAGAAGCCCAGAGCGGACGACCUGAAAUGGGCUCAAAAAGUCAAGUAACGCUGCGGGCUAAUUUCACCCUACCUCAGGAGAUGCUGGCUCUGUCCAGGCUUCUCACCCCCACAAACACACACACACACUUUUUUUUUUGCCUCACUUAAACUGAAUCCUCCAUUUUAAGGUAAACUAACAGUUUCUGAUGCCAUAGCUUUAAGUCUUGCACAUUUUUUUUGUCUGCUUCUUAAGAGGAGGGCUUUGUUGAAUGAAAUAUUCAUCACUCACUCAUGGAGAUCGUUUGUGUAAACUGCAAUAUAUAUCUUCAACUCCCAGUGUGUUUAACACCACUCAUCACUUUGUUUAAGGUGAUUUACAAAGGCUUUGGCUAAGAGGGUUUGGUUGGAUACAUCAUUUGAGAUCGCAGUCCUAAGGUGAUUCAAAUAUUUCCCUUCUUACCAGAAAAUUUAAAUGUACCCAUGAGAGAAGAUUGAAUUAGUCUCCUCUCUUUUAGAGUCGUGAACUGUUCAUUUGAAACGUCGAUAAUGAAGCAUAUAUUUAAAACCGCUUUAUAUUCUCUGGAUCAUAUAUUUUUUCAUCUAUUUAUUGUGGAGUAAUAAAUAAAAUUUGGAUUUAGGCCAUAUUGUGUCAUAGGACAGGGUCGAUACAGUCUAGGAUGCUUUACCAAUGUUGAUAGCUCAUAAACAAAGUGGUAGAUUAUUGUUACAAUUGUUGACUGUUGUCGUGGUGAAGACGAGAAUAGUUUUUUGGUCUGUGUUCUUCAGUAUUAACCAGCACCCACUGUUGAUUCCAGUGACGAGCUACAAGUCAAAAUGCAGAGUCGCGGCAAGGACAACGACUACAGUUAUUUACAAGCCAAAUCAGUCACCAGCAUAUGAACGAACAAACAAACACCACAUUUUAAAUGUAUAAAUAAAUGCUAAUGUUGCUGUCGGAUGAUUCUAAGCAGGUGUUUUCAGUUGAAUUUGUUGAUGUGAUUUGGCUAUUUUCGCUCUAUAAACACAGAAAUGUUCAGACUCAGUGGGAACGUCGAGUCAUUUCGAUGUCAACAGGUUACACGGCAAUGACUGUAACUGUUGUCAGCGUUGAUGCAUAUCACAUUGUUGCCGCUGAAUCAUUCUGGGUUAUUCUCUUAAGUCGUCUUCACAGAUGAGGCCCAGAGAGGGGCAUUUUUGGGAGUUUUGUAGAAAAGAGACAUUUGCAUUUGUUUCGUCUGGUUGCCUUACACACUGGAAAUGCAAUCCUUGUGUCUUAAUUUCAUCUUUUAUUUGCAGCACCUCUUGUGCAUCAUUCUGGGAUUUGUGUUUCAUGAGAAUCAGACACAGAUACUCCAAAGUUAUGUGCCAUCUGUAUGUAUGUAACAUGUACUCGGUUUACACCAGGCAGUAAAAUAGGGGAUCGAAGUGCGAUGAGACGAUGCUUGACCACGUACAGGAAAAUGUACUGAGAACGCAUGGAGCCAAGAGAAGUGGUCAGAGACGCUCUUUGACCACAUUGAGCACAAAGUGUAGUCGCUCUAAUAAUCAUGACAACAGCUACUCUGCAGGGGUUUGGAAGUAUGGUUGUGUGAGGUACUGACACCUUUCAGUUUCUAGCUGGAAAUUGUGUCUAACGGCCAAAUAAAGCAUGUAUACGGAAGAGUAUUAGGGCCACAUGUAAAAAGAAUAAAACAACAUGAAUUCUGAGAAAAAAAGUCGGAAUUCUGAGUAAAAAGUCAGAAUUUUAAGAUUAUCUGACUUUUUUUCUCAAUAUUCAUGCUAUUUCAUUUUUUCCUUUCCAUAGAUAUAGAAUCAUAGAUGUAAGCACACGAUAGAAGUUAACAGGUGAGGCUUUUGUUUGGUGUCUUAAAUUCAAACAAUAAUAUAAUAAUAAUAAGAUGGAGUGUUCACAGAAACGCCAGUGCACUCACUGUGUCAAUACCUCAUAAAACCACUCGAAAAACCUGAAUUAUCCCUUAAGGAAGUGGUGUUCCUCCAUUGUCACAUGACACAUGAAAAAACCAAACGACAGACGUCUACCACCAACCUUUGUUGUUCAUAGAAGUGUAUUAAUUCUGGGUUCAAAACUGUGUUUUAAUGCCAGGUGUAAAAGAGUACUUGUAUUCAUUCCUCUCAUCUUGCUCUUUUUUAAUAUAUAUGGAAAGGGAAGCCUCAGUUUCAGAGCGGAACAUUCCCAGUGAGUGACGUUGCCGUGGCGACGUUGCAAGGGCUUCGGUGACGGCUGUCGAAAACUUGUUAUUUCUUCACUCCUUCAGAUGAGAUUAUGUCAUUGAACUAAAAAGGUUGAAGUAGUUUUUUAAGUGCUUUAAAUAAUAAUUUGUAAAUGUAUUGUACAGCAAGUGACUAUGCAGUGUAAUAAGAGGCUAUGUCUUAAUUAAUUCAAUAUGAGUGGGUUUCAAUGCCUUUUCUAUUUUUAAUAGUUUACACACACACACACACACACAUAAACCUGGAGCUCAUGUACCAUGUACCAACGUAUGAACUGCAUGACAACAUGAUUUAAACUAAUGAAGAUGUCACUUACAUACAGUAGGCGUAAAGAAUGCAUGCAUGCACAGAGCAUGUCGGCCUGUGCGAGCGAUAUACUGUACUGGGUCACCAGCUGUCCUGUUUUUGUGUUCUGACCAAUGAGAAUUGUGCUUUGCUCCAAAUCAACUUCAUUUUUACCUCUUUCACUAAGUUAAACCCCCAAAACCGUUUGACCAAAUUGUCCCAGGUUUGAACUACCAAAAUGUUAUCUUCAUGCCAAGGUUCCAGGUCAAAAAUGAGUUGAAGUCACCGGGUCAACUUGGCUUCCCUGGUGUUAAGACUCCGAUCCAUGCAUCAUUUGUUCUUUCAACAUUCAAUUGAGGAUCUAAAUAAAAAAAUAAAUACAACUGUUUUCCAACUGUUUUCCAAUGUUGAAUGAAAGAAUAAGAAACUUUAGGGUUGUUUUCCGUACUGAGUUUGUGCAUUAAUCAAAUGUAGCAAAUUUAACAAAUUUGGCUGAACGUGAUGUGGAUAUUAUAAUUUCUCCCACUCGCAUUGAAACUAGAAGUUGUUUAUUUACGACGAGCUCAUCUCUUAAGACAAAUAAAGCCAUAAACUAACCACAUUUAAAUAUAGAAUAAAACUAAAUUCCAGUUUCAAUGUGAGUGGGAGAAAUUAAAUAUCCACAUCACAUUCAGCCCAAAUUGUUUUUUUGUUUUUUUUUAGAUUUAUUUGCUACAUUUUGUUGCGGCGAUUGCAAGGAUGCAGUUUCUGGAGUCGGAGAUGAGUUGGAGAUUAAAGUCGGAAUUCUGAGAAAUGAGUCAAAAUUCUGAGAUUAGUUAUGGUAUUUAAAAGGUUUUGGAGAAAAGGGGGAGAAAAGGGAGACGUCAGGUUAAGAUGUCUGGCGCCUUCCUGUAGAGCAGACCUUGGGGAGGACUGCGUAGUUGAGUUAUCAGUCCUGUGGUUAGCCUCAGUGGAAAUACAAAGAGUCACAUUCUGUAGACAGAUGAUAGCGGCCAGUGCUACAUCGAGGCCUUUGUGAUUAGCGAGUUGCAGCUGGUACCGUCCUGAGCUGUUUGUGCUUAGGAAUGUGGACUGCUCUUUUUAGAGAAAGUUUUUCUCAUGCACAUUUGAUGACGACAACAACAACAACAACAACCCUUUCGUUCAAGAUCGGAAAACAUGUCAUGAAAUGAUGCCGUUUUAAUUUCCAAUUUUUGAUUCUCAAUUGAAUAUUGAAAGAAUGAAUGAUAAAGUGAUUUCCUCCAAGUAGAUUACUUCAUUAUAGUAAAGUUGACUUUGAAACCAAAAUGAUGCUAUAGAUUACGUAGUAGUCUCAUUUUUUUUUUUUUAAAAAUGGAAGGUUUUAUGUGUCACUGCAUCACAGUUUAAGACCAGUAUACAUAUUCUAUACUUAUAAUUCUUUUUUUUUUUUUGGAUUAGUUUAAGGCAAAACAUUGUCGGUGCACCCACCGUUCAGCACAGCUGAACUUUUUCUCUGCGUGAUGUUUCCGUGCUUUAGUCGCUUGCUUUUUGUGGUCAUUUUAAAGGUAAUUUAAGGGUGUCAAGAUUAACUUGAGGGACUAUUUCACUUUGAAAGUAUACAGUAAUAAAACAAAUAAAUACUAUAUAGGGCGGUAGUUGUUAGGAGUGAAUAUGGAGAUCACUUAUCGUUCAUUUUUAUUCUCCAGAUGAUCUCAGGAUUGUGGUUAUAGGGUCAUUACAUUUGUAAAGACAUAUUUAGAAGAAAAAAAAGGACAAAAAGCACUCCUUUUACUCACAUUACUUUGACUAAAAUAGCUAAAAUGCAAAAAUGGGUUCUGCCAUAAACAUUAUACAUCAGCAAGGUUUUUUGAGGUAGCAUUUGUGAUUAAGCUGUGUGUGUUUUUUCUUUUGUUCUGGGCUUUCAUUUGUGGUUCUGAAGGGUAUUUUGUGACCGUAAAUAUGUUCCAACUAGGAAACAAUAUUGUGGAAAUCAAAUCAUCUUGUUAGUAAGCGGGCUUGGCAGUCGUUGACUUUUUACUGAAUGGCCUUAUCCUCUUCCUGAUUGAUUUUACUGUAGAUCUUGUCAGUGACAUAAGUAAAAAAAAGAAAAAAGAAGAAGCUCACUGACUCACUUUAAAUUGCCCCUCGUUUGCCUCUUGCUCCUCCUGAGGCGAGUUAUUGAACAUGGAUGUUGGUGACAUUUGCUGGUGGCGAUUGGGUUUUAGAAAUCUAGGAAAAUGCCUCGAUGCCUUUUUGUUGUCUUCCACGUGGGAGACGUACAAUGUACAUAUUAAACUGUAUUUAUAAAAUAAACUAAAUAAAGAGUUGAUAAUCA